AUGCAAACACACUUAUUACUGAGAGACUAUCCAAGAGCUUUAGCACUACGACCCACUGUGCUGGACGAAGCUCCUUCUGGUGUACUUGUAUUUAAAGCACACCAAGGUUCUAUUACAAGAGUAAUAACGGAACUACAUAGUCCUUCAGAAUUUGAAGAUGGGCAAUUUCGAAUCUUGAAUUCGAGACCUGUUUAUGGUUGUUUGGGUUUGAUAACAGUUGGAUCAGAUUGUUUUGUCGCAAUAGUGACAGAUUGUGUAUCUGUUGGAAGAAUAAGAGCAGGUGAAGAAGUUUAUAAAAUUCAAUCUGUUUCGUUUUAUUCUUUGACAUCCUCCAGAUAUGAUGAUUUUGUCGAUAAUAAUGGUUAUUCGAACCUUGAUGAUGAUUGGGAGCAACAACCAAUUAGCAAUAAUGGUUAUGGAAGCCUAAAUCAACAUCCAUGUGCCCAACUACAGAAACUAUUUUCAGUGGGUAACUUUUACUUCACACCUGAUUUUGACUUGACAACGACAGUACAAGCGCGUACUUCAGUUGCUUCUCUGGGAGUGCAUUCGUUCGAUGAACAUUUUUUAUGGAACCAAUUUUUGAUAUCUGGGUUAUUAGACUUCAGAGCAAAGUUAGAUAGGAAGAAUCAAAUGGAUUUGGAUCGUGGGGGAUUCUUAGUAUUCGCAAUUAGAGGAUACGUUGGCAUAGAGACAUUGUAUAUAGACAAUGAAAGAUAUGAACUAUCAGUUAUUUCAAAAUUAAGUUGCCAGCGUGCUGGUACUCGAUUUAAUUCGAGAGGUAUAGAUGAUAACGGCCAUGUUGCCAACUUUGUGGAGACCGAGACUGUACUAUAUUCAGAUAGAGUUUGUUAUGCUUAUACACAAAUUAGAGGCAGUGUUCCCGCAUUUUGGGAACAACAGGGUAUGCAGCUUGUCCAGCACAAAAUACAAAUUUCGAGAGGACCAGGUGCAACUCAACCUGCAGUUAAAAAGCAUUUCGAUGAGCUAAUUGAAAGAUACAACCAUGUCUGUAACAUAAAUUUGCUAUCUCAAAAAGAUCCAAUUGCUGGCGAAGGACUCCUCAGCAACACUUUCAACUCAGUAGUCAAUCAACUCAACUAUGAUCCCGACUUGGUAAAAAUGGUCAACUUUGACCUCCAUGCGUACUGCCGUGGUGGCAAUUACGAAAACGUCAACGUGCUUAUGGACGAUAUACGCUCUGUGUUUGAUAGUUACGGAUAUUUUUUGAUGGAUACGGAUGACAAUCAGAUUAUCUAUACACAAAAAGGUGUUUUUCGUACCAACUGUAUGGAUUGUUUGGAUCGUACCAACCUUGUACAGAAUGAAAUUUCUCGAAGAGCCUUGUUAGAGUAUUUAGAAGAACGUUUUCAAGAUAUUCGAUCGCAGACAAAUUUGGACUAUUUGGUAUCGCGCCAUUCUCAUUUAUGGGCAGAAAAUGGAGAUGGACUUUCGAAAAUGUAUGCUGGCACUGGUGCAUUGAAAUCAGCCUUCACCAGAACAGGAAAAGUUACACUAAUGAACGUUUUGAGCGAUGCCACUCGAUCUGUCAAUAGAUUUUAUAUUAACAAUUUUCAAGACAAGGCCAGACAGGAAGUUAUUGAUCAACUUUUGGGAAAGUUAGCCAACCAAUCUAUAAUCUCUAUCUAUGACCCUGUUAGUGAAGACGUUUCUCGGCAUCUUGCGAAGCGAAUCAAAGAAUAUUCAACAAACAGAAAAAUUACUAUAUUUUGCGGUACCUACAACUUGAACGGAAAAGGAUUCAAAAAUGAAUCAUUGGAUCCCUGGUUACUACAGCAUUUUAAAUGGAAUGAUACAGAGCCGGAUCUUUAUGUUAUUGGUUUUCAAGAAAUUGUUGAACUUUCACCUCAACAAGUGAUGGCAACAGAUGCAGAGAAAAGAGUCGUUUGGGAACAUCAGAUAGAAGCUACCUUGAAUAAAAGAUCGGGAGCCAAGUCAAAAUAUACUUUGCUUAGAUCAAAUCAGUUAGUGGGCGCCGCAUUGAUGGUGUUUGCUAGAACAGAUAUUUUGGAAGAAAUACGAAAUGUUGAGUCCUCAAUUAAAAAAACUGGUAUUAUGGGUAUUGCUGGUAAUAAAGGUGCUGUAGGUAUUAGAAUGGAUUAUGGCGAUACCAGCUUCUGUUUCCUUGCUGCGCAUCUUGCUGCAGGUCAUUCAAACGUAGACGACCGUAAUGCAGACUUUCAUACUAUCAAUGAAGGAUUACGAUUCCUCCGGGGUAAAGCAAUCGAUAGCCACGAUAACAUAAUAUGGGUUAGCGAUUUGAAUUACCGGAUUUCCUUGCCUAACGAAGAUGUUCGACGGUAUGCGGAGGAAGGCAACAUAGAGGCACUAUUAACCAGUGAUCAGCUUUCAAGAGAAAUGCGCGAAGGUAGAGCCUUCAGUGACUAUCAGGAGGGGUAUAUAACAUUUUUGCCUACUUACAAAUAUGACAAUGGCGCUGAUGUUUAUGAUACCAGUGAGAAACAGCGAAUUCCAAGCUGGACAGACCGUAUUCUUUUUAAAGGCAAACAUUUGAAGAAUUUGCAAUAUAACCGAGCAGAACUGUAUACCUCAGAUCAUAGACCAGUGUUUGCAUUAUUUGAAACAGAUAUUGUCACUUUAGAUCAUGAAGCAAGGCUUAAGUUGCAAAAGCAGUUAUACCAAAGCUUGAGCACUGCUGAUCUCGGCAAUCAUACAAUUUCUCUGGCUGCACCAGAACUUCCAAAACGAAGAACGACGGUAGCCUCGCCGAUCAAGGAACCUACUAUGAAACUGUCUGAUUCCUUUGUUGAUACACUUAUAGAUGUUACGCUUGAUACAACAGAUUAUCCACCGCCAAGCUCUGAUACGAGAAAAUGGUGGGAAGAUGAUCAAGAAUUACCGAAAGCUGAUAAAGGACGUGCAACAAGCCAUAACCCAUUUGAAGAAGACGGCUUUGUAUCUGUUACCGGUGAUAGUAGUUUGAAGUUUCCUAGUUCAUUACAAUCCGAUAGUGAAUGGACACCACUAAGCCCAGCCUCCUAUCACGGACCUUCCCUCACAAAUGGAACAUUACAGCAACAACAACAGAUUAUUGAUAAAACAUCACCAACAGCAGCAAAGACUUCCUCGUUGACUCCCGUUAUGCCUGCCAGUAAUGUGUCAAACGUUAUAGGUUUUUGGAAUAGUAAACAGCAACAAUCAGAGUAA